ACAUGUCCAACCUCAGUUUCACCCCUCAUCAAAGGACCUUGUCUAGGCAGGAAAAAUGAUCUAGCAUUCUGGGCUGCUACCCAUGCAGGCCCUGGUGUGAAAGGAGAAGGACAGCGAUGUGUAUACUUUGUGAUGACAUGAUGCCUUGAGAGGAUGACCGAUGAGCAGGUUAAAGAUACGAUGGAGGAGUUCCUUCUCUCCCAUGGUUACCAAGUGGGCAAAACCAUUGGAGAAGGGACAUAUUCAAAGGUCAAAGAAGCUUUUUCAAAGAAACACCAGCGAAAAGUGGCCGUGAAAAUUAUUGACAAAAUGGGAGAACCAGAAGAGUUUAUCGAGAGAUUCCUUCCCAGGGAACUUCAGAUUGUCAAGCGUUUGGAUCACAAGAACAUCAUCCGCGUGUACGAGAUGCUGGAAUCACCUGACGGGAAAAUCUACCUGGUGAUGGAGUUGGCAGAAGAUGGUGAUGUCUUCGACUGUGUCCUGCAAGGUGGGCCCUUGCCUGAGAGCCGAGCCAAAGCCCUUUUCUGUCAGCUGGUAGAGGCAAUCCGCUACUGCCACAGCUGUGGUGUGGCGCACCGUGACCUAAAGUGUGAGAAUGCCCUCUUACAGGGCUUCAACCUGAAACUGACUGACUUUGGAUUUGCCAAGCUGCUCCCCAAGAACCGCAAGGAGCUGAGCCAGACGUUCUGUGGCAGCACUGCCUACGCCGCCCCCGAGGUGUUGCAGGGUGUGCCCCAUGAUAGCAGGAAGGGCGACAUUUGGAGCAUGGGGGUGGUUCUCUAUGUCAUGCUCUGUGCCAACCUGCCUUUUGAUGACACAGACAUCCCCAAGAUGCUUUGCCACCAGCAGAAGGGGGUUUCCAUCCCUGGCCACUUGGGAAUUUCCGAGGAAUGCCAGGACCUUCUUAAAAGCCUGUUGGAACCAGACAUGAUCUUGAGACCUUCCAUCGAAGAAGUAACUUGGCAUGCAUGGUUAGCAAACCCCUGAGAAGAGGACCAUGUCCACAACUCUCCCCAAAUAAAAGGGGACAGGUCGUUUCCAAAACGCUCACAUAUAUUUUAAUGUUAUGCUCAGUUUUGUAGUCUAUCCUU